UCAACACAAACGUUAGCUGGUCGCCCACCCCCCAGAUGUCAAAAGGAAAAAAAAAACUAGCCCACUCCCCCGGUUCGUUCCUCUCUCCCUCCGGCCCCGAUGCUUCACAUCUCGUCAUUGCGGCGGAGGCAGCGGCAGCGACGGCACCGGACGGACGACCCGGCGGCGAGGACUACCUCUCUCGCGUGUGGAGUAGUUCCCUUUCCUCUCUCAUGCGGUAGCAACUCGGAGGCGCCGUGGGCGGUGCAAGAUCCGGGCGAGCUCGGCAGGACAACGGCGUUCUCCGGCGUCCCUCUCCAGCGUCGACGGUAUUAUCGCCAGCAAACCAAUAAUUGAAAUUCUGCCAAGAAAUCUAGGAGCAGAAGAAGAUGUAUGCAAGGGACUUGGAGACAAGACAAUGGUUUGAAGCUUUGGGCGCCUGCGGCCGGCUCGACAGGUGGCAUCAGCAAGCGCCGGCCGGCCUCGGCACUACUGCGGGUGGUUAUAUGGUGCGCGGAGCACACCAGUGGGCUUCAACGUCAGGGAACACGACGUUGUUUCGAUGCCUCCAAAUGCAGCAGCAACAGAGCCGGAAGAAUAUCGAUGGCAAGGUGAGCGACAUCUGGCAGAUUGUGAACAGAGGCCACGGAAGGUGGCUGGAACCCCAACGUGGCCCCAAAAUCAACCACCAACGGGCAGGCAUAGAGGAGGUGACUCGCCGACUGCAGCGGGGCAUGGCGGAGUGGGCAACUAUUCCACGCUCUAAAAUUCAGGUUUAUAGCAAUGAAAAAGGUGAUUUUGUUCCUCAAUCAUGCUUAACAUUUCUUUAGCAAACAAGCACUAGCAGCCUGUUUUCAGAUGUGCUUCUUGUUGGUUCAUGUAGACAUGCCAAUGAAGGCCUGGUAAAGUAGAACAGAAAAAAAAUUACAGUAUAUUGGUUUAAUUGUUCUCUUGUGUGGACCAAAAUUAGCGAGUAAAGGAAAUACGAUUUUGCUUCCAAA